AAAAAUACUGUCACUUCUGAAGAAAAAAUUAGAAGAGUAAUAGAAAUUAGGUUAAAAAAAAAUGUUAAAAUUUUAAGCAUGUUGUAUAAAAAAAGAAAGUUAAAAAUAGCUAGAUUCAUUAAAGAAAUCUAA